GUGGGGCGCAUGCGUCAAGUGCGUCAUCUGCGUGCGCGGCUGUUGGCGGCUGUGGGGGUCUUGGCUUACCGGGCCGCGUGCGUCUUCCCGGGCAGCGCUCGGUAGCUGCGCCCCGGGCGCGGUCCUUUUAUACAUCUCUUCUCGCGGCUCGUUACGCCAUGAGCCAGUUCAACUUCGGCUCGACCCCGGCGGGAGGCGGCUUUUCCUUCAGCACGCCGAAGACGGCCGCCAGCACCACCGCGGCCACCGGCUUCUCCUUCACGCCCGCCCCUUCCGCGGGCUUCACGUUCGGCUCCGCGGCUCCGACGCCCGCCAGCAGCCAGCCCGCCGCGCUCUUCUCCUUCAGCACGCCGGCCAGCAGCGCCCAGCCCACCGGCUUCAGCUUCGGGACGCCCGCCGCCACCGCCGCCGCCACCGCCGCCGCCUCGGCUGCCAGCGUCUUCCCGCUCGGGGGAAACGCACCAAAACUAAACUUCGGAGGCACUAGCACAACUCAAGCUACCGGAAUCACGGGAGGCUUCGGGUUUGGCACCUCUGCACCCACCAGCGUGCCCUCGAGUCAAGCAGCAGCCCCUUCUGGCUUCGUGUUCGGAGUUGCCGCCGCCACCACCACCACCAGCACCGCCCAGCCUGGCACAACCGGAGGCUUCACUUUUUCCAGCGGCACCACAACUCAAGCGGGAACCACCGGCUUCACCAUCGGUGCCACGAGCACUGCGGCUCCGCAGGCGGCGCCCACGGGAUUGACCUUUGGAGCAGCACCUGCUGCUGCCACCACCACCACCGCCGCCAGCUUAGGAAGCACGGCGCAGCCUGCAGCUCCCUUCAGCCUCGGGGGGCAGACCUCUGGUCUAAACUUCGGAUCGUUGAUUUCAACAGCAGCCACUAGUGCACCCACAGCAACACUGACUGCCAGCACCAGCCAGGGACCCACUCUGUCCUUUGGAGGCAAACUGGGAGUAACAACCACGGCAUCUACGACGACGGCUGCCAGCACAGCUCCCCUCCUUGGUUCCACGGGCCCUGUGCUGUUUGCAUCUAUAGCCAGUUCUUCAGCGCCAGCCUCAUCCACCAGCACGGGCCUCUCCCUCGGUGCCCCUUCCACUGGUACGACCGGUCUUGGGACGUCUGGAUUUGGAUUAAAGCCUCCUGGAACAACGGCUGCAGCAACCAGCACUGCCACUAGCACUUCUGCUUCCAGCUUUGCUUUGAACCUUAAGCCAUUAACUACAACUGGUACUGUCGGAGCCGUGACUUCUACAGCUGCUAUAACCACAACAACAACCAGUGCACCUCCAGUGAUGACAUAUGCCCAGCUGGAGAGUCUGAUAAACAAGUGGAGCCUGGAGCUGGAGGAUCAAGAGAAGCACUUCCUUCAUCAGGCUACACAAGUGAACGCCUGGGAUCGGAUGCUCAUAGAGAACGGAGAGAAGAUUACUUCACUACACAGAGAAGUAGAGAAAGUGAAGCUUGAUCAGAAGAGGCUGGAUCAGGAGCUGGACUUCAUUCUGUCUCAGCAAAAGGAACUUGAAGAUUUGCUGACCCCUCUGGAGGAGUCUGUGAAGGAGCAGAGCGGGACCAUUUACCUGCAGCAUGCGGAUGAAGAACGGGAGAGGACCUAUAAGCUGGCUGAAAACAUCGAUGCUCAGCUGAAGCGCAUGGCACAGGAUCUCAAGGACAUCAUCGAGCACCUGAACACCUCGGGGCGCCCGGCAGACACCAGCGACCCGCUUCAGCAGAUCUGUAAGAUUUUGAAUGCGCACAUGGAUUCCCUGCAAUGGAUUGACCAGAACUCAGCUUUGCUGCAGAGGAAGGUGGAGGAGGUGACGAAGGUUUGCGAGAGCCGUCGCAAGGAGCAGGAGCGCAGCUUCCGGAUCACGUUCGAUUGAAGGACGCCGAGUUCACAGCGUUACCCUCAAACCCCCCCAGAGAAGAGGUUGGUGGGGGCCUGCUUGUCAUCCACUCUUUUUUUGUUGUUGUUGUUCUUUUUUUUUUUUUUUUUUUUUUUUAAUUGCAAUAAAUGUCUUUCGUUUUAAAUUCCCAAGUUCCUCUCUGCGGUGUCUGAGGCGUGAAGCUCCUGCAGCCGUGGGUGCUUCUGUUCGCUGUUCUUUGUGAUGGGGGGAUACACAGCUGCUGCCCAGAGCAAUGGGAGCGCUGUGCCCUCGCAGCUGGGCUCCCAGCUCAGCCCUCCAGUGCAAUCACAGCUUGUGUGCUGCUCUUUGGGUCCUUGCAGGAACGGUUUGACACACAGCUGUUGUUGGGAGGAGUCUGACAGACUCGGCCUCCCCCCCGUGACCGCGUGGCUGUUAAUGGGGUACACUUCUGCUUCUGAAAGCGGAGCUCGUUUCCUUUUGGCAUGAACUGCUGUUGUGUUCGUAGCUUCACGUGUUCCCAGAACGCCUGUACGCAGGAGUUGUGUUUAAUUAAAAACAGCUGUGCAAGUGGAGAA